UUUAUGGCCUCGGCGGCCCCCGUAGCUCCGCCCACUGGGGAAGCGGCUUCAGAGCGCCUGCGUCUUCGUGAUCGGCAUGAAGCCACCUCCCAGGCGGCGAGCGGCCCCGGCGCGCUAUCUGGGCGAAGUGACCGGCCCCGCGACCUGGAGCGCUCGCGAGAAGCGGCAGCUACUGCGACUCUUGCAGGCGAGGCAGGGUCAGCCGGAGCCGGACGCUGCUGAGCUGGCCCGGGAGCUGCGUGGACGGAGCGAGGCUGAGAUCCGGGUCUUCCUCCAGCAGCUCAAGGGCCGUGUAGCCCGGGAGGCCAUUCAGAAGCUGCAUCCGGGUGGCCUUCUGGGACCAAGGCGCCAGGAGGCACAGCCCCCAGCUCCCAUAGAGGUCUGGUUGGAUCUGGCUGAGAAGAUAACAGGGCCACUUGAGGAAGCCCUGGCAGUGGCUUUCUCACAGGUACUCACCAUCGCGGCUACGGAACCCAUCACCCUCCUACACUCCAGGCCCCCCAAGCCCACGCAGGCCCAUGGAAAGCCACUGCGCCUGAGCGUCCCUGGAGGGCAGGAAGAUGCUGCCCCUGAGAUACCUAGCUCCGCCCCCAAGGCACCUAGCUCUGACCCAGAGACUUCUGGCUCUGCCCCUGAGAAACCUUCUGAGUCCUUGGCUGGUCCUUCCACUGAAGACUUCACUGUGGACUUUGAGAAGAUCUACAAGUACCUGUCCUCUUUCUCCCGCAGUGGCUGUGGGCCUGAGCUCUCAGCAGCUGAGUCCGCUGUGGUCCUUGACUUGCUCAUGUCACUUCCGGAAGAGCUGCCUCUCCUGCCCUGCACAGACCUGGUUGAGCAUAUGAUGGAGACAUACCUAAGUCUGACAGCCCCCCAGCCCAGCCCCGCUGGAGGGAGCCUGGGGCCUGCGGCUGAGGGGGACAGGGCUGCCUCCAAGGCACCAGAGGAGACCCGCCCAGCCCCCGAGAAGGCAGAGCACAGCAAACUGAAAUCGCCCUGGCAAGCAGCUGGCAUCUGCCCCCUGAACCCUUUCCUGGUGCCCCUGGAGCUUCUGGGUCGGGUGGCCACCCCUUCUAGGUGAGGGGCAUGGUGGGCAGCAGGCACACCAGGCCCCCUGCUCUGGGCCUUGGUUCUGCUCAGCUGGCACUGGCUCGUUCUGAGGACCCUGUCAUGGGGGAAGGUGAUGGCGCUCAGCUGUGGGGUGGGCCUCAGAUGUCCCAUCCUUUAGGGGUCCCAGAAGUGGAAACCCCAUUGUACAAGGGUUUGGUGGGGGUUACAGGACUCCACUCACUAGCUGCCUGACCUCCAGGACAGGCAGACAAGGCUGUGCCUUGUUCUCUACAGGGGGCCAUAGCUGGCAGUGCACACCAUAAACCCCCAAGCACAGGUUCUUCCUUCUUGUACCUCAGGACCAGCAUCCCACCUUCUUCAGAAACUGACCAGUCACAGGUACUCCCUGCCAGCAAGGUUCUUCCCCCUCCUGGGGGUGUUCUGUGACCAUGAAUAAAGUUCUUACCAAUCUG